CAGUGUUGUUCAAAAAUAGAAACCAUCUUAGAAUUCCUCAUUACAUAGGAUUCUAGUAUUGAGCAAGUAUUGUUCAGAAAUAGAAACUAUCUUAGAAUUCCUCAUUACAUAGGAUUCAAAUUUCAGAAAAUUCCGCAAUAGUUUCCUCAAAUCAUCGGAUUUGUGUACCUAUUUCCUAUAAGCUAUCGGAUUCAGUAUGAAAUUAGGAUGACCCUCAUACCUAUAAAAGAAAACAGGACCCUACAUCCCCACCGAAACCUAAACAUCCAAUUUAGUUUUCUUUCUUUCCUCUUUGGAGUUUUUCUGAUUAAGCCCUAGUUGAUAAGAUCACUGAUCAUCAAUGGAGCAACAGUUUCUGUCGUUGUUUGAGUCAGCAAAGACAUCUGCAGAUGCUGCAGUCACUUCUUCUUCGAUGAUUCCUGAAGUUCAUCGAUGCCUAGCCGCUCUGGGCCAACUCAAGAGGUUCCCUGUAAUAUCAUCUAGGGUUCUUCUCUUCACUCCUGUCGCGAAACAGGUUGAAUGUCUCACAAGACACCCUGUAAAGAUUAUCAAGACUGCUGCUUCUUGCUUGCUCUAUACUUGGAGAAGAAAACUGUACGCAAGACACCCUACCAUUGAUGGAAAAACUCAGCUGACGAAGUCUGGCGGUGUGUCAAGAAACGGGACUCUCAUUGUCAAGAUGCGCGGAAGAAUACUAGGAAGGGUUGAAGUUGGCAUGCCUAUCAAGACUGUAAAGAAUGAAGAGAAGAAAAUAAAAGAGAUGGAAACGGGUCUGAGCUGUUUCAAGAAACCGCCACUAGUACCUGCCAAGCAAACCAGAAAACCUGAGGAGAAGGUGGAAAAUACAAUAAGCUGUAUCAAGAAACCACUACUUGCACCUGCCAAGAAAAUCAUAAAGCCAGCAGGGAAAGUGGAAAGUAUCAAGAGCGGUUUCAAGAAACCAGCACAAGCAUCUGCCAAGGGCGUCACAGUGCAAGAGAAGGAAAAAAGUUUCAGUGGUUUCAAGAAACCACCACAAGCAUCUGCCAAGGGCGUCACAGUGCAAGAGAAGGAAAAAAGUUUCAGUGGAUUCAAGAAACCACUACAAGCAUCUGCCAAAGGCGUCACAGUGCAAGAGAAAGAAAAAAGUUUCAGUGGUUUCAAGAAACUACCACAAGCAUCUACUACGUGCGUCACAGCGCAAGAGAAAGUAAAAGGUUUUGGUAGUUUCAAUAAGCCAUCAAAAGAACCUGUCAAGUGCGAUGAUGCUUUACGAGGCAAGGUCCGAUCCAUUCUUGUGGAAUCACUGACCAGAGUUGCCAAGGAAACUGAAGCAGGCUUGAGGAGAGCAGUAAGCUCGCGUGACCCAAUAUGUGUUGCUGCAGAUGUUGAAUCGGUAAUGUUUCAGAAGAUGGGGGCAUUCAAUGGCGCUAAGACAGUGAAGUACAGGUCUGUUCUGUUCAACUUGAAGGAUCCAAAGAAUCCAGAUUUGAGAAGGAAAGUUCUUCUGGGACAGAUUAAGCCAGAGAAACUUGUGACUAUGACAUCAGAAGAGAUGGCAAGCAAUCAUAGGCAAUUCGAGAAUGCACAAAUCCGGAUGAAAUCGGAGAAGAAGAAAGCAGGACAAGAGUACAAAUCUGUUGAUCCUGUGGAAUCUUGA